GAGCGAACCCUUUUUUUUUUCUUCCCCGCCCUCCUUUGUAAUACUUUUGGCCUUUGCCGGCUGCCGUCCGGACCAAGCGCGAAUCCUCUCCGGCGGGCGAAAGAAACGAGGGAGCGCGGCUUGGCGAUCGGGAAGAACGAAGCUGCAAGGGGGGAGGGGGCCCGCCGGCUCUCUUCCUCCGCCGCCGCGAUGUCCGUCCUCAGCUGGAAGCCGUUCGUCUACGGGGGAUUGGCCUCGCUGGUGGCCGAAUUCGGGACCUUCCCUGUGGAUCUCACCAAAACACGGCUUCAAGUCCAAGGACAAAGCAUUGAUUCCCGUUUCCGAGAGAUCAAGUAUCGGGGCAUGUUCCAUGCCUUGUUCCGCAUCUCCAGAGAAGAAGGCAUUCUAGCAUUGUACUCUGGAAUCGCACCGGCAUUAUUAAGACAAGCAUCUUACGGCACCAUAAAGAUUGGUAUAUACCAGAGUUUGAAACGACUCUUUGUGAACCGUUUAGAAGAUGAAACGUUAUUAAUCAAUGUCAUAUGUGGAGUGAUUUCAGGGGUGAUCUCCUCUGCUUUGGCUAACCCGACAGAUGUAUUAAAGAUUCGAAUGCAAGCUCAGGGCAGCCUGUUCCAGGGAGGCAUGAUUGGAAGCUUCAUAGACAUCUACCAGCAAGAAGGCACACGAGGCCUCUGGAGGGGUGUGGUUCCCACUGCUCAGCGAGCUGCUAUUGUGGUAGGAGUUGAGUUACCAGUCUAUGACAUCACUAAGAAACACUUAAUACUUUCAGGACUCAUGGGAGACACAAUUCUGACCCAUUUUAUUUCCAGUUUUACCUGUGGAUUAGCUGGUGCCGUAGCUUCGAAUCCGGUGGACGUGGUUCGAACCCGCCUGAUGAACCAGCGGGCCAUAGUGGGAAGCGUGGAGCUGUAUAGGGGAACAAUAGACGGCCUGCUAAAGACUUGGAAGAGUGAGGGUUUCUUUGCACUUUACAAAGGCUUCUGGCCAAAUUGGUUGAGACUUGGUCCCUGGAAUAUCAUUUUUUUUAUCACCUACGAGCAGCUGAAGAGGCUCCCCUUUUAAGAUGCCGGUUUGGAUUGGUCGUCCAGCUGCCCUUCCCGUUCCCCUCCAUUCCUGCAUCUUCAUGUAUUUUUAUUUUUAUUUUGGUCUACAUGGACUUUGUUUCACCCUCCCAUGUGCUGAGUGCUCAGUAUUGGGAGGGUGGCUUAAGGGGGGAAGGGGAGGAUGGGUCCACAAAUACAGUAUUCAGAGCCUGGUGCACGUGCUUUGCCCCCCGCAAGGGAGACGGUGGAACAUGGAGGGAGAGCACUUAGGUCUGUGUUUGUAUCUUCCAUGAAGAGAGCUGUGAGUUAAAAACCCUUUUCACUGCCACGUGGCUUUUGCAGUAGGCAAUUCCUCUUCCCCCUUUGGCCCGUGCCAGAGGAAAGGGGGAAAGAAGGGUGCUGCUGCAGGCCUCCUUUCAUUGCCAUACAACCCCAUUAAACUAUUUAUUGGA